GCCCGGGACCGGCGGGGCGGUGAGGGUGGCCGUGGGCUGUUCUCCCCUGCGGGGCGGGACGGCGCUCGGGGUCCCCUCUGCUGUACCGAGAUCUCCCUCCCCUGCCCCCCCCCCCGUGCCUUCGCUUCCCGCCGCGGCAGCCCCGCUUGCAGCUUCCCCGAGGAGCCGCCCCCGUUCCGCCGGGUCCUGAGGGGCCUCCCCCGGCCCCGCCCCACGGGGCGCUCCGCGGCUUCUCCCCUCAGGCGUGGGCGGAGGCGGCGCGCGGGCGAAGCCCCCGGCCUCCCCCAUGGUGGGGUUCGGGGCCAACAGGAGGGGCGGCCGACUCCCGUCCUUCGUCUUCGUGGCGCUGCUGGUGCUGCUCGCCAUCCUCGCCUUCAACUACUGGGGCGCCGCGUCCCGCCAGGCCCUGCUGCAGGAGGAGCUGGCCGGGCUGCAGGGCCAGGCCAAGCGCGGCGAGCUGGCCCGCGGGCGGCUGGAGAAGAGGAACUCGGACCUCAUGGGCCGGGUGGACUCCCAGCAGAAGCAGCUGGAGCAGAAGGAGGCGGACUACAGACAGCUGAGCAGCCAGCUGCAAGCCAAGGACAGCCAGGCCGCCAAGUGCGAGGACAGCAAGAUCAAACUACAGAAGAACAUAUCAUAUCAGAUGGCAGACAUAUAUCGUUUAAAAGAACAACUAGCAGAAUUACGCCAGGAGUUCAUUCGUCAAGAGGACCAGCUUCAUGAGUACAAGAAGAACAAUACUCGCCUUGUGAAGAGGCUGGAGUAUGAGAGUUUGCAGUGUGGACAACAAAUCAAAGACAUGAGAUUGCAACAUGAAGAAAAUAUAAAGAAGUUAGUGGACCAAGUUGUACAAGAACAAAAGGAUGCACAGAGAAUCCAGCCAAGACAAGACAUUGAAGGGGGUUUGAAUGAUGAUCAAGCAAUAGCCAAGACUGUUCAAGAGACAGAUGAGAAAAAUGUAGUAAAGAACGAAGAACCCUCAAGCAAUCACAUCGCUAAUGGCAAAGAGAAAAUCAAAUCAGGAGGUGAUGCAGGCAUGCCUGGAAUAGAAGAGAAUGAUCCUGCUAAAGCUGAAGAUACUCCUGCUGCUUUAAAGAAGCCUCUUAUUUCAACUUCUCAAAGUGAAGGUCAUCAACCCAAUAUGAAUCUUCCAACUAAACAGCCCCAUUUGCCAAAUAUGGUUCCAGAUUUAAAUGCUGACAAUGAAGGAAAUGUUAAUAUUGUGAAGCAGAUACCUCCAAAUCCUCCUCAGCUCUUGAUUCCUGAACAAAACUUGGAAAGUAAAAAAGAACACAAAGUUGAAACUGAACUUGGAAAACAAGCUCCAAAGGAUAGAGUUGGUGACUUCCAGAAGAUGAAGCAAAAUGACGACGAGAAAGAACUUCAAAUGGACCUUGGAGACUAUGGAAAGUCACGCUUCAAUGAUGUGCUUUAAAGCCAGAAUUAAUAUCUAAAAGAAUUUGCAACAGAAUUGAAGUGCUGCAAAACUGAACCAUUUUUGUUUCAGUAUUCUUAAGAUCAUAACAAAGAAACAGUAAUAGGUUACUUAAUCAAUUUACUUAAUAUUAGUUAAGUAAUGGAAGGAGACAUAAAAUGCUGUGUGUAUAUAUAUAUGUACAUAGUUGUACUAUUGCAAAUUGUAUUAUCAAAAUGACAUUUCUGUUCUGUUAUAGUGAGCCAAUUAAAUUUAAAGAUUGUACCUUACCUGUAAUCUUUGCAUUUAAAACAAACUAAUAUAUUGCCAAUUUAGGGUGAAUUGUUUCUGCAAAUUAGGAAAUCCUUGUAAACUGGAGAACUUGUACAGUUUGUAUCUUACAUAUGGAACAAAUAUACUGUGGAAACAAUUGGACAGCCGAAGGACUCCUUUUAAUACAGAAAUAUAUUAUCUGUAUGGAUGAAAAUACCCCUUUGUUUUCCAUAGGUGCUGUAUUUUGCAGGUAAGCUUUCAAUUGAGACAACUGAGUGAAAAUAUGUAAAAAUAUUUAUGGGUUGCACCUUCCUUAAUAAAUUAAGGACAGAGAUAGGUGACUGAAACAUUCUACAGCAGCUUUCCAGAAAUCGGAGCCAUUUAAUCGUAGCACACAAUGACCAAAGUUUAUAUCUAUAGUUGGAAAUCAGUGAUAUUAAAGUAAUAGGAACUUGAUCCAUGCUGGAAGAGGUAUGGCUAGCUGAUUUCACCAGUCAAACUAAAAACUGAAUCAGUAUUUUAAAACUUCCCGUAACAAAGCUGUAGGAAACGUACUUGCUAACACCUUUAAAGGUUACAACUGUUUCUUAAAUUAGAAGUAGUCUACAACAGUUCUGUAUAAAUAGUUCACAUAGAGAAAACUGAAGGAAAGUAUGUGCAGUCUGCAAUCACUAGAUAUAAUCAUAUGAACCCUCUAAUUUCAUGAACAACUCAAGUCUGUCAUUUUAAUUUAAAGUUUAAUACUCUGAUACAAAUCUCUUCAAACAUUUUACAUCUGCACUGUUGCUUUUCUAUUUUAGAAGAGUUUGUAAGGUAGAUACUUUUUGUAUUCUGGGUUUAAAUACUUUCUGAAUUCUACAGAAAUGGUUUUGUUUAUUUACAGUAAGUUCAAAUUUAAGGUUAUUAUCGCUACCUGCUUCUCAAAAAGGGCUACUGUGAAUAGAAUUUAUGGGGCCUAUGACAGGGGUGAUUGUACUUCGCUAUCUCUGUACUCAGGUUCAAAUUUAAAAUAGCAUCGUAUUACAUUUAAGAUUCAUUGUGGUGAUUAAGUGAAAAUUUUGAAUAAAUUUUAAAAGGUCAUCAGUUUUUUUGACUUCAGUAACAAGUCUUAAAUAUACAAUAAUUUCAUGAAAAUAAAUCUUUGAGAAAAUUCUGCUUAAGCAUCUGACUUUUUUUUUUUUAAAGACUUGAGCUUAUAUACUAAGCCAGGACUAUUCAUUACAUACUUAAAAAAAUGCAUGGUGUGAGAAUAUAUUUUCAACAUGAAAAUAAAAAGCAAAAAGCCGAACCUGCUCAGUGAGAUGCCAUAACAAUACCCCAAUACUAUACAGAUCUCAAAAUUUUAAAACUAGCAGUCUUCAGUAGAUACUGUACAUGUACACUGCAAGAUUUUACUUAAGAUACUUUCAAAAUGUAAUUUUUGUCCUGAAUGAGGUGUUCAAGGUUCAGUUACUGAAAGUUUAUUAGGUUCUAAUAAAUUAAGUUUUCACUCUCA